CUGAAGCUCACGUGACGUCACUAUAGUCUCGCGAUAUUUCGCGAGUCCUUCUUGACAGCGGCAAACAUGGCGGAGGACCACGGACGGAAAUGGGACCGGUGCUUGGCUGAUACUGCCGUGAAAACAGUGACAGGCCUCGGUGUUGGCAUCGUGUUUUCCGUCCUGUUCUUCAAACGCCGCACGUGGCCCGUGUCCUUCGGUUCGGGCUUGGGACUGGGAAUGGGAUACACCAACUGCCAGCAUGACUUCAGGUCGCCGUACCUGAUCCAUGGCCGCAUGGUGAAGGAGCAGUAAUGAAGAAUGGAAGAAGCUUCUUCUCUGUUUUUUGUGUUGUUAUUUUUUUUUAGCCACUUGUUGCUGCCCUGGCACUAAUAUCCAAUAAUGUCCACAUUGCGUCUUUGAAAAGGUAUUAUUAGAUGUAUAUUUAAUAAAGCCAUUGUGGAGAAG